AUUUGCCUCAGGAAGCCGCAGCCUGUCAGCACCUGUUCCAGGUUCCAGUUCCUAGCCCAGCAUGGCAUGCCCACUGCCUGUCCAGACCAUGCCCUUGAUCCUGAUUCUGCUGGCUGUCCUGGCUCCGGGGACUGCAGACUUCAACAUCUCAAGCCUCUCUGGUCUGCUGUCUCCGGCACUAACAGAAAGUCUGCUAGUUUCCUUGCCCCCAUGUCACCUCACGGGAGGCAAUGCCACACUGAUGGUUCGGAGAGCCAAUGACAGCCAAGUGGUGAAAUCCAGCUUUGUGGUGCCUCCAUGCCGUGGUCGCAGGGAACUGGUGAGCGUGGUGGACAGUGGGGCUGCCUUCACCAUCACUCGGCUCAGCGCCUAUCAGGUGACAAACCUAACACCAGGAACCAAAUACUACAUUUCCUACCAAGUGCAGAAGGGGACAUCCACAGAGUCCAGUCGAGAGACCCCAAUGUCCACACUUCCUCGAAGAAACAUGGAGUCCAUUGGACUGGGAAUGGCCCGAACCGGGGGCAUGGUGGUCAUCACGGUGCUGCUGUCUGUCGCCAUGUUCCUGUUGGUUGUGGGCCUCAUUGUUGCUCUGGCACUGGGUACCCGUAAAUGAGGAGGGCUCUCCUGUACCCCAGGGUCCUCAGAGAAGUACAGGCUCUGUCUCUAUCUCCAGCCUGCUUCCUGACAGGCAUCAGUCACUGGUU